CUCGACUAGGAGACACCUACGGAUUUCUUAGCAUCAUACACAUAUUGUGUGGACCAUUAGAAAACUACCUGUAGAAAGUGUUAUUUAUCUGCAAUAGAUCGCUACAAGGAUUUUAUUUGUUUGUUCACAAGGAACUGACUGAUCCACUUACUGGGCUGAAGAGUUUUGGAAAGAUUUUGCUCCCCAGCAUUAAGGAUUUGGGCAUCUGUAGAUUCUGCAAUGUCUUGCUCUGACGCACGGACUACUAAAUUGCGCUUUCCCUGAGACAUCCCUAUAUCAAAUGGCUAUAGACUUUGCGCAUGAGGCGACAUGGUUUCAGGCUGACGUGCCAUACCGGAGCCUUCGUGUUCAUUUGGAAAGUUGCACCUUGCGUAUGUUUUUUUGGACAAAAGCAAUGGGUAGUUCCUAAGCUGUGACGGGAAAAGAAGACAUACGCGGAGAGCGAGAGCGAGAGCGAAUAGAGUGGAGUACACUUGUUGUUUGGAAAUGAUUUUGAUAUUUCUCUUUUUCUCGAUCUUGGAUGGAGGGUUAUCGCAGAUACACUUCUCGGUUCCGGAGGAGCAGGCGCGCGGGACGGUUGUGGGAAAUAUCGCCGAAGAUCUGGGACUGGACAUUACCAAACUUUCCGCGCGCCGUUUCCAGACCGUGCCUAGCUCGCGCACUCCGUACCUGGAGGUAAACUUGGAAAACGGGGCGCUGGUGGUGAACGAGCGCAUCGACAGAGAGGAGAUAUGUCGCCAGACCGUUCCGUGCCUCCUGCACCUCGAAGUGUUUUUGGAGAACCCGCUCGAGCUGUUCCGCAUCGAGAUCGAGGUGAUGGAUAUAAACGACAAUCCUCCGAGUUUCCCGGAGACGGACAUCACCGUGGAGAUCACCGAGAGCGCCACACCGGGCACCCGGUUUCCAGUGGAGAAUGCCUUCGACCCAGAUGUAGGGACUAAUGCCCUGAACACCUACGCCAUUACCACCAACAACUACUUUUACUUGGACGUACAGACGCAGGGCGACGGCAACCGGUUCGCGGAGCUCGUGCUGGAUAAGCCCUUGGACCGGGAGCAGCAGGCGGUGCAUAGGUACGUGCUCACCGCCGUGGACGGAGGGCAGCCGCAAAGAACCGGUACCGCAUUGCUGGUGGUUAAAGUAUUGGACUCCAAUGACAACGCGCCCACAUUCGAUCAAUCCGUGUACUCUGUGAGCUUGCGUGAGAACUCUCCCGUUGGCACGCUCGUUAUACAGCUGAACGCCACCGAUAUGGACGAGGGCCAAAACGGAGAGAUUGUUUACUCUCUGAGUAGUCACAAUCCGCCGCGCAUUCGGGAUCUGUUUAACAUUGACUCGCGCACCGGUAGGAUUGAAGUGACCGGCGAGGUGGAUUACGAGGAGAGCAGCACGCAUCAAAUCUACGUACAGGCUAAAGACAUGGGACCGAACGCUGUGCCCGCGCACUGCAAAGUUUUGGUUAAACUGAUAGACGUCAACGACAACACACCGGAGAUCAGUUUCAGCACCGUCACAGAGUCGGUGAGCGAGCAGGCUGCCCCGGGCACGGUGAUCGCUCUGCUGAGCGUGACAGACCGUGACUCCGGGGAGAACGAACAGAUGACCUGCGAGUUGCACGGCGAGGUACCGUUCAAACUCAAAUCGUCUUUUAAAAACUAUUACACCAUAGUCACGGACGGUCCGCUGGAUCGCGAAAAAGCGGAGUCGUACACGCUCACGGUGGUCGCGAAGGAUAAGGGGGUGCCCUCUCUCUCCACAAGCAAGUCUAUCAAAGUUCACGUUUCGGACGAAAACGACAAUGCCCCUAGAUUCAUGCAGUCGGUUUACGACGUGUACGUCACGGAGAAUAACGUCCCUGGUGCGUACAUUUACGCGGUGAGUGCCGUCGACCCCGAUGUUGGACAGAACGCAUAUGUCACUUACUCCAUAUUGGAGUGCGAAAUACAGGGUAUGUCCAUUUUAACCUACGUGUCCAUCAACUCCGAGAACGGCUAUCUAUAUGCGCUACGCUCUUUCGAUUACGAGCAAAUUAAAGAGUUCAGUUUUAUGGUGCACGCCAAGGACUCCGGAUCCCCAGAGUUAACGGCCAAUGCCACCGUUAAUGUCAUCAUAGUGGACCAGAAUGACAAUGCCCCGUCAAUAAUUGCCCCCCUGGGCAAAAACGGUUCCGCGAGGGAACAUUUACCCCGGUCGGCCGAACCGGGAUACCUGGUGACUCGUAUCGUCGCCACAGAUGCGGACGAUGGCGAAAACGCGCGCCUGUCCUACAGCAUCCUGCGGGGAAACGAGAUCGGAAUGUUUCGCAUGGAUUGGAGAACCGGCGAGCUGCGCACCGCGCGACGGGUGUCUAGCAAACGGGACCCGCCGCACCCGUACGACCUGUUGAUUGAGGUGCGUGAUCACGGCCAGCCACCCCUCUCGUCCUCGGCGAGCAUUAACGUGGUGCUCGUGGACAGCAUAGUGGAGGGCCGCAGCGGAGACAGGGGGUCUGUUAAGUCAAAAGAGGGCUCGCUGGACCUGACGCUGAUCCUUAUCAUCGCGCUCGGCUCUGUGUCUUUCAUCUUCCUCCUCGCUAUGAUCGUGCUGGCCGUGCGCUGUCAAAAAGACAAGAAACUAAACAUCUACACGUGCAUGUCCGGAGAUUCGUGCUGCCAGUGCUGCAGUCGCCAAGCGCGCGGGCGCAAGAAGAAACUCAGUAAAUCGGACAUAAUGCUCGUGCAAAGCACUAACGUGGCCAGCACCGCGCAAGUGCCAGUGGAGGAGUCGGGUAACUUCGGUUCCCACCACCAGAACCAGAAUUACUGCUACCAGGUGUGCCUGACACCGGAGUCCGCCAAAACCGACCUGAUGUUCCUCAAACCGUGCAGCCCGUCCAGGAGUACAGACGCGGAGCACAACCCGUGCGGCGCCAUCGUUACCGGAUACGCGGACCAGCAACCAGACAUAAUCUCCAACGGAAGCAUUUUAUCAAGCGAGACCAAACACCAGAGAACUGAGCUCAGCUACCUGGUGGAUAGACCACGUCGUGUUAACAGUUCAGCAUUUCAAGAGGCAGAUAUCGUCAGUUCUAAAGACAGCGGACACGGAGACAGUGAACAGGGAGACAGUGACCACGACGCUACCAACCGGGGCCACACGGCUGGGGCUGAUCUUUUCUCCAACUGCACAGAAGAGUGCAAGGCUCUGGGUCACUCCGACCGAUGCUGGAUGCCCUCUUUCAUGCCCAGCGACAGUCGCCAGGGUGCCGAUUAUCGCAGCAACCUGCACGUCCCGGGGAUGGAUGCGGUACCGGACACUGAGGUACAGGAGAGCGUGGUUCCGGCCGAUGCGUGCUUUGGGCCUGAUGAUAGAUCAUUCUCUACGUUCGGCAAAGACAAGUCACACCACGGCACGCUCACACGCCACGAGCUACACACACUCUUACCAAGCGCGAGAGCGCCUCACAAACCCAACUACCUGUGUGAGUACUCACUCAAACUGUACGAUUUCUGAAUCCCCCUGAUCUGAUUUAUUGAUUCACAGACAUCUGUUCUGAAUCUAACCCAUGGCUCUGUUGUAUAUACCUAUCUAUAUUUCUAAAAGAAAAUGUAAUCCCAUUUCUCGAAACAGUAUUGCUUCACCUCUUCUCUCACUCUCCAAUUUGUUUUCCCCUUUCCUUCAAAACCAAAAAGGUGACAACAAAUGUAUAAUAUAUGGACAUAUCAAUAAAGUACUUUUUUGAGUGAAAAUGUGGAGUUGUGUCCAACAUUUUGUCCUCCCAAUGCCCUCUAAAUUGUCCCACCCUAAGCAUCCGAUGACACCUAUUGAAUAAUGCUCCAUUACAAAUUUACUUGAUCAACCAUAAGAACAUCAUCCUAGCCUACAUAUACAAUUAUACACAAAGUGUGCUGUGACUUUUCCUUAAGCUGAAAAAUAUAUACGUCUUAACAUAAGCAUGGUAUGCCUAUACAACAUCUCUCUUCGCGAUGCUAAGGUUUUACUUGAUGAAUUUGUAUAUGUUGUAUUGUGAAGGUAAAAAUAUAUUCAUAAUGACCCUAAAAGGUAUUUGAUAAUCAGUUAUAUAUUUUGAUUAACACCCAAUUUCGAUCAAUUUAAAGGAACAGUUCAAUAAAACAGAGAAAGAUAUUUAGAAAAAUGCUUGGAACCAAACAGUUCUUAGGCCCAAUUGACUACCAUUGUCGAAAAAAUGACAAUGGUAGUCAAAAGUGCGCAAGAACUGUUCGCUUUUCUACAUUCUCCAAAAUAUCUUCUUUUGUAUAUUCAAGAAAUUUAUAAAGCAAUUUUAAGAGCGUGUUGAUAAUCUCAUUGGUUCUCGCAUGUUGUAGUAACAAGAACCAUUAAGAUUUAGCUUGCUUAUAUACUGUACAUCUGGGAUGGCAUGACUUAUAAGACAAUGUUCAUACUUAAGUGAACUAUUAAUUUAUCGACACACUAUAAUCGCAAUAAGGCAUAACAAAUACCUUCAGAAUACAGUACAGUAUAAAGUAUAUCAAGUGUUUCCAUAACAUCAUAUGGUUCUACUCAUAGAUCUCAGCACAUCUUCAAUACAUUAAGGAGCAUGUUUAUGUUAUAAUACACAUCAAUGUACAGCAUUCCAUAUGGAAUGGUUGUAUGCAUCAUGAAUUAAAGCACAUUCAUCACACUGUUAUAUGCAUUAUCCUCCAUGCAUAUACAUGAGUGAUAAAUUCCUUAAGUGUUUAGCCGUGUGUCUAUCAUCAUGCACUGUAUCCAUGUGGGUUCUAAUUGCCAUAUGUCACAGUUGUACUGUAAUCACGCUUGUGACAGCAGUCAAAGCGGCCUGCCUCCUUGACUCUGAUUAUAGCAUGCAAACUGUGGCAGCGUACGCUCACGACAGCCGAGACAUCCCGCACUUUUGGCUUCUCUCUUCAUCUUUAUUUAGUACAGUAUACUGUAGUAUGACCUACUACACUGAAGAAGGAAGAAGCGUACACCUUUAUGCGUUUGUGUUUUUGUAUGACACAUGGAUAUAAUGGAGCAUAUAUCCAGAAGUCCCGCCUCCAUCUCAUUUGCAUAAUUUUGUUUUUAUGGGUAUGUCAUACUUUGAUAAAGUGUCAAAUUUGAGUACAUUCUCACAAGCAGUUUUUUUUGCACACUGCCAGAAUGUUGCUUGGGUACUUUUUAAAUGAAUUUCUGAGGUUUAUGUAAACUCGUGGUUAUCUUUGGAUGUUGCUUCAGAGAAUUUCAUAAUGUCUCUUUGAGCGUCUUGUGUGAUAUCGCCUUCACAAUAAUUCUAUAAAAAUAAAAUUCGUACAUGUUCAACACAGUAUCAUCAUGCAAAACAGGAUCAACAAUCGUGUGUUACAGAAUAACACACAACCAAAGCAGAGUAAUACAAAUAGCCAAAGUAACAUAUUUUCUAAAUAACAUAAAAUUCCUGUUACAUAUAUGACCUUUGAUGUGGGUAUCACAUACAAUAUGUUUGCUCUAAUAUAUCCAAAUAUAAUACUAAAUCGCAGACUUAUGUAAUUUAUAUAAUAUUGCCUUACACCAACACACAAAAACAUCCAAAGAUAACGAAGGCUUUCCAAAUCCCCUUGAAGCGAAGAGCAAACAACAACAAAAGCGUUUUGAUGGCGUGUGCAUAAAUGCAUCCAGUAACAUUUCCCUUGUGAGACAAAAUUUGAGAAAAGCCAUGUAAAUAUUGGUCGGACGAGUGAGAUCUCAUUUAAUGUUCUCUGCCUGUUUUCUG